UGAUCGGCGGCCGAUCCCUCUUCAUAAAAUAGACACGAAAGCGCUGCGCUUUCCCUUCCGAAAAGUAAAAACCCUAAUCUUGAUCGCUUUCUCGCCGCCGAUCGACCCAAAAUCCUCCUCGACUCCCCAAAGCGCUUGUCAGUACCCUCUAUUUCCAUCUCAAUUCCCUCUUUCCCCUUGAAAACUGGCUCGAAUCCGUGGCCCCUAGGGUUUUCCAUAAUCAGAUCUACGGUUUCGCCGCUUUCGCCCGAAUUUUUAGGGUUUUUCAUGGCGGCCGGCCGUCACGGGGACUAUAGAGACCGCGACUCCGAUUUAGAAGCUUCUAGAAGAAAAGACUACUGCAGUGACCGUGAGCGGUCAAGGUCGGAAGAUCUCCGAUCUAAGCUUAGGGUUAGACCGAGAGAUGUCAAGGAUAGAGAAGCAGUUAAUGGGUCUUAUCGCUCCCCGAUGAGCAAUUCGAGCGGUGGAAGCGGGAACGGCCAUAAAAGGAGCUACCUUUCGGUAAAAUCAGCGGACCGGGAGCCCGGUGAGCUCUCGAGUGGGGAAGAGGAUUCUAGGGUUAACACUAGCGAUGAGGUCUCGAGAGUAGAAGAGAAAAAGAGGAAGUUUUCACCUAUUGUUUGGGAUAGGGAUGAUAUCAAGCAAUCUGGUGCAGUUAGUUCGAGGAGUAAGAAUGUCAUGGUUGAAGGAGUUGGACUCCCGCCUCCUCCACCGCUUCCUCGGGGUUUUAUCCCUUCAACUUCGAUGGAUGCAAAGGUUUCGGCUGAUUCUGCGAAUGAUCGAGAGCCAGGGCAGGUCGAAGAGGAGGUUGAGGAGGAGUUUCCAUUGGCUAGGCACAUUUCUUCUUCUAGAUGGGCUGAUACUGAUGAGCAUGAAGAGUUGGAUGAGAGAAUUUUGCCUAAGAAGAGAAAAAACACGCCUUUGACUGAGAAGAAACCACCAAGCCCUGAACUUGGGGAGGUCGUCAUGAGAGAAGGGUCUGAAGGAGCUAUUUCAAAGUCGUCAGGUUCGAGUAGAGAGAAUAGGGAGGGGAGUGAUCGAGAAAAUGAGGUGGAUAAGAAUGAUUUCAUGGAUGUCGAUAUGGAACAGGUUAAUGGUGAUGACAGGAGUGAUAGGAUGUCAGACACCGAUUCUGAGGAUGAAGAUAGGGCAAAAACUCCAGAGCCAGAGAAUCCACCUCAGAGAACUAUAAAUAUGUUACAAGGUUGUAGAAGUGUUGAUGAGUUCGAGAGAUUGAAUAAGAUUGAUGAAGGCACUUAUGGGGUAGUGUAUAGAGCUAAGGAUAAGAAGACCGGGGAGGUAGUAGCACUGAAGAAGGUGAAGAUGGAGAAGGAGAGAGAGGGAUUUCCUUUGACAUCUUUGAGGGAGAUUAAUAUUCUUUUGUCGUUUCAUCACCCUUCAAUUGUUGAUGUUAAAGAAGUUGUUGUCGGCAGCAGUUUAGAUAGUAUUUUCAUGGUUAUGGAGUAUAUGGAGCAUGACCUCAAAGCGCUAAUGGAGACAAUGAAGCAGCCAUUUAGUCAGAGUGAGGUUAAGUGCUUAAUGUUGCAGCUGUUGUCAGGUGUUAAGUACCUCCAUGACAAUUGGGUUCUCCACAGGGAUUUGAAGACAUCUAACCUUUUAUUGAAUAAUCAAGGUGAGUUGAAAAUUUGUGAUUUUGGUUUAGCUCGUCAGUAUGGAAGCCCACUAAAGCCAUACACUCAUUUGGUAGUGACUUUGUGGUACAGAUCUCCCGAACUUUUAUUAGGAGCCAAGGAGUAUUCAACUGCUAUUGAUAUGUGGUCAUUGGGAUGUAUAAUGGCAGAACUAUUAGCGAAAGAACCAUUAUUUAGUGGGAAGACUGAGUUUGACCAGCUAGAUAAGAUAUUUAGAACGCUUGGCACGCCAAAUGAGAAGAUUUGGCCUGGAUUUGCAAAGUUACCUGGAGUCAAAGUUAACUUUGUCAGGCAACCGUAUAAUAGGCUGCGGGAGAAGUUUCCACCUACAUCAUUUUCUGGACGUCCAACUCUAUCUGAAGCUGGAUUUGACUUAUUGAAUAAACUGCUAACUUAUGACCCUGAGAAGCGCAUAACAGCAGAGGCUGCCCUUGAUCAUGAUUGGUUUCGUGAGGUUCCUUUGCCCAAAUCGAAAGAUUUUAUGCCAACAUUUCCUGCCCAACAUGCACAAGACAGGCGUCUGCGAAGAAUUAUGAAAAGCCCAGAUCCUUUGGAAGAGCAACGGAGAAAAGAAUUGCAACUGGGAGAUAAGCUGGGCUCUGGAGGUUUGUUUGGCUAAUUGAACACAAGCUGAAGCAGUCAUGGCAUCUCAUUUCCUCAGUUCAUUUUGAGCAGGAGCAGGAGUUCUCUCUGGACAUAUUUCUCUAAGGUGAGCCAUGCACUGCUAGUGAAGUUGUGCAACUUGUGUUAUAAGUGAGACAAGAUUGUUGCUGUUGUUUAUAGCAGGCAACCCUGAUGGUUAUGGGUAGAGUUAAGAUAUCAUGUAACUUCCUCAGAAAAAGAAAUUUUAUUGCAGGCCCCUUUUGAUCUCUCUUUUUUUUUACCGCCCUUUUGAUCUCCUUCACCAAUGAUCAUAGCAAAUUCCUCCUUUAUGCAGCCUGCAGCAGGCAACAGGUGUGGCAUAUUGGCUUUUAUUUUUCUUUUGCACCGUCAGUUUCACUUUGAAGCUUGGUCAUGUAACAUAUCUUUUAUGAUACGUUGUAAAAGAUGCCUCACUGGAUUAAAUACCAUAUUUUAUGGAUAUAUUGCUAUGCUUAA